AUGCCAUUCCCAGAAACCAUCCCAUCCCUCACACUUCAAGGUUACAAAGUGCGACGCGCGGUCCGCGAUGACGUAUCGGCCAUCGCUGGUCUCCUCCUCGAGGACCCCAUAUCUGCGGCCCGCGAGCCAGCCUCGGGCCAGCUGGAGAGGUACUAUGCGGCGUUCGCGGACGUCGACUCGGACCCACACCAGUUCCUCGCCGUUAUGAUAGCUUGUUCUUCCCCCUCCCCCUCGUCGGAGCAUGUGGUAGGCUGCGCCCAACUCACCCUCAUCCCAGGCCUGACGCGGGGCGGAGCCCUUCGCCUUCAGGUUGAGGGCCUGCAUGUCGCUACGUGCUUGCAAGGGCGUGGGCUUGGCAGCGCUCUCCUCGCGUGGAUCGACGACAUGGGACGCGCGUCUGGGGCACAGUUUGCCCAGCUCACCAGCGACAAGAAGCGUCCCGAGGCGCACAGGUUGUAUUCCCGGCUGGGAUGGGUCGCUAGCCAUGAGGGGUUCAAGAAACCGCUCUGA